GAAUUGUCUUGUCUGUGUCUGUCUGUCUGUUCUGUCUGUUCUGUCUGUCUGUCUGCCCGUCUGAUACAUACCUACACUACAGUCAGUCAGUACCUCUCCCCUUCUUGAUGCAAACAACAAGAAUCGUUUCAGCCUCGUCUGCCAAUCCAACACUAUCUAACCCAACACCAUCUCGCAGUUGAUCUCAUUUUAUUGCAUUUUAUUGGGCCUGGCUUGAUCUGCUUUGAUCAACUUCUCUCCGUUUCCUUUAACCUCUAAACAUCUACCCUCCUGUCAACUCAAUUCAACGUCACUCCUUUCAAAUAUCGAUCAAUUCGCAAAUCAACACGACUUCGUAGAUCCUUCCUCUCACCUCUGUUCGUGUCAUCAAUUGAACGGCGCAUAUUCUAAGAUUACACAUAGACACACGCAUAUCUCGAAUUCCAGCAAUAUGGGAGGAGCUAUUUCAAAAAUGAUGGGCAAGAUCUUCGGAUCGAAGGAAAUGCGCCUGUUGAUGUUGGGUCUCGAUGCUGCAGGGAAGACGACCAUUUUAUAUAAAUUGAAAUUGGGUCAGGAUGUCACGACAAUCCCCACGGUAGGAUUCAACGUAGAGACGGUGACAUAUAAGAAUGUCAAGUUCAAUGUUUGGGAUGUUGGUGGUCAAGAUAAGAUCAGACCUCUGUGGAGACAUUACUUCAGUGGUAUGUCCUCAAUUGCCAGUUGAAACUGUGUUUGCUUGGAUACGGAUGAGUCGCAAGAAAUGCUAAUGUCCAAUUCGUUUGGCUACAGGUACUCAAGGACUUAUCUUUGUGAUUGAUUCCAGUGACAGAGCACGCAUAGCAGAGGCACAACAAGAGUUACAUCGCAUCAUCAACGAUAGAGAAAUGCAAGACUCAUUACUUCUAGUUUUCGCCAACAAGCAAGAUAUUGCAGGAGGUAUGCCCUUUAACCAAAUGUCUACACUUUAUGCCAGGUGAGAAGCUGACAUUUGAGCAGCCAUGAAGCCACCCGAGGUCACAGAACAACUAAAGUUAAACGAUCUGAAGAACAAGGUUUGGUUCGUGGUACCAAGUUGCGCGACCACUGGUGAAGGGUUAAUGGAAGGAUUAGUACGUUUAUAUUUUCCAUCCUUUUAUGGAAUGCAUCAAUGGAUACCGUGGGUAAAUUUGUCACUAUACUGACAGUCUAUUUUCAGGCCUGGCUCUCGAAAACAAUUGAAGGAAGACCUGCUCCACAAGCAAAGUGAUAGCUCCAAUCUACCCUCUCGAGAACAAACCAAUGAUCGAAUUCCAUCUAUCAAUCCGUCUCUAUCGCCGCAAUGUACCUCAAACUGCACGAUAUAUCCGUCUCCUACGAACAUAACUCCUCUACGAAACAUACAUAAACAACUGGCUGCUAGGAGCAUUUGUGUCGAUUCCUUCCAGUCGCUUCUCCUCAUUCACGACCUUCAAUUUCUUAACGGCUCUUUGUCAUUGUCUCCGCGUCAUUUCCACGAGCGUAUCUCUUGUUUAAAUCUCCUCGUCUCAUCUUCCAAUCUACGGAAUUCCUCCCAUCUCUCUUUGU